AUGGUGUAUGGGUUGGGAGAUAAUAGUUAUGGAUGUCUUGGAUUGGGUCACAACAAGUCCAUACAAUCACCACAACUUAUACCACAAUUAUGUCAUCAAAAGAUUCAGACAUUUAUUACUGGAUAUGACUUUGUGUUGGCUAUGAAUAGUGUUAACCAUAUCCAUAGUUGGGGUCGCUAUGUGUGGGGACAGUUGGGUAGAGAUGUGACACAAGAAAAGGUUUAUUCAAAACCCGAGAGAAUAUCGUUUUUCGACGACAAAGAUGUCCAACAAAUCAGUUGUGGUGGUCAUCACUCACUGGCCCUCACAUCCAAUGGACAGGUGUAUGGGUGGGGAUGUAAUGAAUACGGAGAGAUUGGUUGUGAGGACCAAAGAAAUAUUUUGACAAAAAAGAAACCGAAAGUGUAUUAAAAGAAGUACAGAAUUUAGAAAACGUGAGCUCACAAUAUGUGGUCCAAUAUUACCACUCAUGGCGUGAACCGCAAUAUUUUUACAUUCAAAUGGAGUUCUGUUCACAGAAUUUACAGAAUAUUCUCAAAGUUAAGUCACAAGUAUUUAAGAGACAAUCGGGAGAUCCCAUGGAUUUAUACGAGUAUUUCGUUUCGUGUGAAAUAUUUAGACAGAUCUUAGAAAGCGUUCAAUAUUUACAUAAAUUGAAUCCACAGAUCAUUCACAGAGACCUCAAACCCGACAAUAUAUUGAUUGCACACAACGUAAGGAACGGCAGGUUUUUGAAAUUAUGUGACUUCGGUUUGGCUACAUUUCACGACAAACGCAUUCAUUACAUAACUAAACACAAACAUACGGCAGAUAUCGGUGACAUGAGAUAUCAAGCUCCGGAAAUUGUUCGGGGUAGAAAAUAUGGACAUAAAUCAGAUAUUUAUAGCCUGGCACUAAUCGGUGGUGAGUUAUUUGACGUGGAUGUUGUACUUAUUGAACCACAAAGCUCAAAAUCAUAUUCAUCAAAUAAAAAUCUUAAUGCACAAGUGUCCGAAUUAUACAAACUAUUAUCGGCAAUGAUUUUGCAUAAUUGGACUAAACGUCCGGAAUGUAGUGAAGUGUUACACAAAUAUAACGAGUGGUCUAUCGAUAGGAAUAUUCU